AUUUUUUAAAAUUAAGAGGAAAUGUAUGAUGAUAGUAAUAAUAUAAACAAAGAUGCUUUUCAAGAACCCCGAAAAAAAUUUUGGUUGCGAUCAAGAAAACGUCCUAAAAGUGAUGCUAUCAGUAUCAGUUCAAUGGACAUAUCUAUUGAAUCAGAUGUGGGAAAAAAGAAAAAAAGAAGAAGAAUUACAGAAGUAGCCAGCAGCAUUUUUUCUUCUACGCCAAGCAGUAAACAAGGAAAUACUCUUCAUAGAUCUUUUACAAUUCAAGCAAAUACAACAGAUUUGUUAUUUGUGAAUAAUGAGACAGAUACAGGAACUUUAGAGAAAAGACACAAAGAAAGUAUUGAAAACUCUAAUAAUUUUACAAUUAGAAGCUGGAUACUUGAUGUAGCAAAUCAAAGUAUCAAAGAUAAAUCUAAUUAUGUUUGGAGUAGAAAAGAAGUGAAAAGACAAGAAGCAAUUUAUGAAUUAUAUUGUGGAGAAAAUGUACUUAUCAAUGAUUUAUGUGUUCUUAAAGAGUUUUAUUAUGAACCAUUGAUAUCCAGUAGCAUUUUUAGUACUGAUGAACUAAUGACAGUUUUUGGGGAUGUAACACAUCUCAUUGAAAUACAUAGUAGAUUAAGGGAUGAAUUGAUUGAUCUAAGAGAUAAAUAUGGAUUUACAGAAACUGUGGGCUUUACAAUAUUAAAUUGGAUUCCAACAUUAACAAAACCAUAUUUAGAAAGAUGUAGAACGCAAAUAUGGGCAAAACAAUUAUUAGAUGAAAAAAGGUUGUCUAAUAAACGUUUUCAAUCUUUUUUAAAAAAACGUUUAGAAUUUCCUCAUUCAGUAGAUUUGUGGACUUACAUAGAUGUAGCAAGAUCAAGAAUUGUUAAAUAUCCUUUAUUGAUCAAAGAAAUACUAAGGCAUACUGCAACAACACAUGUAGAUCAUACAUCUUUAGAAGAAGCAUAUGAUUUAAUAUCUAAUUUACUUAAAAAUAUAGACAAAGCUAUGGGAGAUGCAGAAUGCAAAUUGGCUCAGUCAAAAAUUAAUGUAAAACUGGAUUUUGAUCCUACAAAGUGUAUUGAAAAUGCAACAGAAUUAAUUACCCAAGGACAGCUAAAAGAUACAAAGGGAAUGAAAUUUCAGUGUUUUCUUUUUGAUACUGGUUUUGUAAUAACUCGUAGUACAAGGUCUGUAAGUAAAAGAUACAAUUUGUUUCAUCCUGUUAUACCUAAAGAACAACUAAGUGCAGAUGAAAAAUGUGAUAUAAGUUAUGGAUUUAAAAUUGGAGAUCACAUUUUAAUAACAGAAGAUGGGCAUGGUAAAAGACAUUGGAUUGAUUCGUUUAAUAAAGUUCAUAAAUGUAAUAUUAAUUCAAUGGAAAAUGUGAUUGAUGUCAGUAAAAAAGAAAAUGUCGAAAAUUUGACACCAUCAAAAACAGAUCGAUCUAUUAGAUCAUCUCUAAAUAAAAUAAAUGAAAAUCAUUUUUCAUUAACAUUAAAAAGAAGUUUUUUAAGACAAAAACGUGGCAGUAUUGGUCUUGUUUAA